AUGACGAGCAUCGACGACUUGUUCAAGAAGCCAUUCCUUCCGUCAACUAACGGCGGUACCAAGCGCAAGUUCGACGGCCAAGAUGCAGAAGCAGCAUACAAAUCAGCAAGACUAGACGAUGCGCCAGAGAACGAAGACGAUGAUAUGGAGGCCGGGCCCGAGCUACCGCCAGACGAAGACGAGGACGAAGAGGGCCGCUUCUUUGGCAGUGGUACAAAUCAGCAUACCAAUGCCGCUCUAGACUUUGUCGACCGAGCCGACGACGGCGACGGCGCAAACAUCAAGGUAGAGAAGAUCGAUCAAGCAUGGGUGCGCCGUCUGGGCUUGAGUUUUGAGCGCAAGAUCAACAAGAACAGCGAAUUGCGCGCAAAGUACGAAAGCGAUCCCUCACGCUUUGUCGCCAGCGAGGCCGAUCUGGACGCCGAAAUCAAGAGCUUGAGCAUUCUGUCAGAACACCCAGAGCUAUACAAGGACUUUGCAAAGAUUGGCUGCGCAGCAAGUCUAGUCUCUCUUCUAUCACACGAGAACACAGAUAUUGCCAUUGAUGCCAUUGAGAUUAUCUCCGAAUUGCUGGACGACGACGUACAAGCAGAGCAAGAACAAUGGGACGCCCUAGUAUCAGCCAUGCUCGAAGCCGACCUCAUCGACCUCCUCCUCGCCAACCUCGACCGUCUAGACGAGAACCUCGAAGCCGACCGAAGCGGUGUCUACCACUCCCUCUCCGUCCUCGAAGCCCUCUCCUCCAACUCCACAAUCGCAGACACAAUCGCCCAAGAACCCAUCCUAAAGUACCUCCUUGCCCGCAUCUCACGCGCCGAAAAAUCAGUAUCCCAAAACAAACAAUACGCCGCCGAAGUCCUGCAAGUGCUAUCUCAGGCCUCCACCUCCGUACGCGAUCGCUUAAUCUCUCUCGACGCAAUCGACAAACUCCUACAAUUACUUUCCGCCUACCGCAAACGCGACCCCGAGCGCGACAGCACAGAACAAGAAUACGCAGAAGAUCUUUUCGACACAUUAACAAUCCUGUCCGCACCACUACCCGGCAAAACCGCUUUCCUAGAAGCAGAAGGCACAGAAUUAAUGCUACUCAUGCUCAAAGAAGCCAAGUUCUCAAAACCGCGUGCGCUCAAGGUGCUUGAUCAUGCACUUUCUGGUUCUUCUGGUCAGCCCGUAGCGGAAAAGUUCGUAGAUGCUGCGGGGUUGAAACCACUAUUUUCUACAUUCAUGAAGAAGAAUUUGGAAGCUGCGGAUACGGAACAUGUGCUGGGUAUCUUUUCUGCCUUGUUGCGUUUGCUCCCUGGCGAAUCUUCCCAGCGCAUCCGCUUACUCGCCAAAUUUGUGGAAAAGGAGUACGAGAAGCUGGAUAAACUGGUCAAGUUACGACAUGAAUAUGCGGCAAAAGCUAGCGUCACGGAUGAUAUCGAUGCCAGUGCUGCUGUUUACUGUCUCAAUACCCUGGAUGUCAUUCUUGCUUGGCUGGUCGCAGAGGAUGCAGGUGCAAGAAAGAGGAUCAUAGCAGGAUUGGCGGAUAGAGAUGAAAGUUUGGGGACGUUGAAGAAGAGCCUGCAAGAACAACUUGAGGAAGUUGAUACUGAAGAAGAAGGGAACGUGGCUGAGAUGCUUACGGCACUUAUUGAGUGCUUGUAG